AUGGAUUUUCUCAAAUCCGCCAUCGGAUCUGCCAUUGCGAAGGGCGGCGGACUACCAUUUUCUCUCGGAGAUAGGGUCGACGUCGGUGAUUCAGUCUGGGCACUGCACAACGGUACGAAACGGGAUGACGGUUCCGCUUGCAGCAUUUUUGCAUUUGAGAUCAAUGCGAACAAGUCGCGUCUCCCUCUGGCGAAAAAUGCUGUCCGCAAGUCUAGGACGUUACGGCAUCCCGGCGUUAUCAAGGUUUUGGAUACGAUCGAGACGGAGCAUAAUCUUUAUAUCGUCACGGAACGGGUCGUGCCUCUCAGUUGGCCGGUGAAGAGGAGGAGCUUGAGCGAGGAGACUGCUAAGUGGGGGUUGUAUACUGUGGCGUCUACACUCAAAUUUAUCAACGAUGAUGCAUCCUCGGUCCACGGAGCUGUGCGCGCAUCCUCGGUGUUUACAAGUGAGAGCGGCGAAUGGAAGCUAGGAGGGUUUGAUAUCUUGAGCUCUAUGAAGGAGGACGAUGCGAUUAUCUAUACAUACGGAAGUAGCGUGCCAGACGCUGCUCGAUACACACCACCGGAGGUGGUGAAAGGAGGAUGGGAUACCAUUAAGCGCAAUCCUCUAGCUGCAGUUGAUGCCUACGGGCUGGGAAUCUUGAUCUUCGAGGUUUUCAAUGGGGGCUUCUCAGGCGGCGAUCAAGCAGGCAAGACAACGAACAUCCCACCCAGCAUGCAGCAGAGUUAUAAGCGUCUUUGUACUGCCAACCCAAAGCUUCGAUUAAGCCCGGGCCAUUUCGUUGAGCAAGGAAAGAAACACGGCGGUUUCUUCCAGACACCACUUAUUCGGAUGACUGAAGACAUUGAGAGCUUGGGUCUAAAGAGUGAUGCUGAGCGCGAAGAAUUCAUUAAUGAGCUUGAUAAUCUCUCCGGAGACUUUCCAGAAGACUUCUUCAAAAUGAAAGUGCUCCCUGAACUACUCAAGUCUGUUGAGUUUGGCGGUGGUGGACCAAAGGUCCUUGCAGCUACUUUGAAAAUUGGAGCAAAAUUGUCGGCGGACGAGUUCAACAUCAAGUUAACACCUGCUAUUGUGCGCCUGUUUGGCAACCCAGAUCGCGCAUUGCGCGUCUGCCUCUUGGAUAAUCUUCCAUCAAUGAUCGACAACCUUCCGCAGAAGAUUGUCAAUGACAGGAUCUUCCCUCAAAUGACUUCUGGUUUCACCGAUGUCGCCCCGGUGGUUCGAGAACAGACAGUGAAGGCUGUCCUAACGAUCAUCAACAAACUCAAUGACAGAAUUGUAAAUGGAGAACUGUUGAAGUUCCUUGCCCGUACUGCUAACGAUGAGCAACCUGGUAUCCGAACGAAUACUACAAUCUGCCUUGGUCGGAUCGCUAAGAACCUAGGGCAAAGUACUCGCUCCAAGGUGCUUAUUGCGGCGUUCACCAGAUCCAUUAGAGACCCCUUUGUACACGCCCGAAAUGCAGGACUGUUGGCUCUGGCCGCGACCAGCGAUGUCUUCACAGAAGAAGACUGUGCUGUUAGGAUUCUACCUGCCAUCUGCCCUGCACUUUUGGAUAAGGAAAAAUUGAUCCGAGACCAAGCGAACAAGACACUGGACCUGUAUAUUCAACGCGUACGAAAACAUGCCAGCACGAUGCCGGCAACCAUGAUACCCGCUACCGCACCCACAGAAGCCAACAAACCGGAGGCUCGUGUUGGAACCCCUAAUGACAACUCCUGGGCUGGUUGGGCCAUCUCAUCAUUCACUAACAAGAUUGCCACUGCCAACGGCGAGAUCGAACCCACGACCAGCAAUGGCAAGGCCGCCGAUGCAGAAAUUGCACGCCCCGCAUCAGUUCCUCGCCCCGCCAAACCAACACCCUCCACUCAACAUGAACUCCUGAGCCAAACACUUCGUCCCCCAAGUCAGCCCUUGAACCGGUCAAUGUCAGACCGCCCAGCGCCGGUCACCCACGACAACGGACCCGAAGAAGAGGGCGACGACGUCUUCGACGCCUGGGGUGCCAUGGAUGAUGACUUUGAAAAUGAUGUAGAUGGCUUCACUGCUGCUUUGGCCUCCUCUAAAACCACCUCUCCCGUUCCCUCAUCGACAAAGGCCCCUGUGGUGCCCUACGAUGGCGGCGGCGAACCGGAUUUUGCCGGCUGGCUGGCCGCCAAAUCUCAGACAAAGGCUAAAAAUCCCCUGUCAAAGGCCUCCACCAAGACCGUGUCUACCAACAGCGGUGCCACACGUUCUACGGCGAGCACGGCUAAGCCUCGGACUGUGGUUGUGCCUAAGAAGAUUGAUACUAAACCCAAAAAUGAAGAGGUCGAUGAUGACUGGGGAGAUGCUUGGGACUAA